AUGGUGCGAUCGUCAGGUCUGCUGUUGGCCACGGUCGGGGUGGUCGGCACGCUGUGGUGCGUCGGGCUGCACUUCGUGGCCGUGCUGCCGCACUUCGUGGGCCACCGACCACUCGAGUCGCUGGCCGGGCUGUGCCAUCUGGCCUUCUCCGUCUUCCUCGCCCACGGCGGCUUCUACAAUUAUUUUAAGAGCGAGGCAAAGGAGAAGCAGUUAGAGUCUCUGCUCUUCAACCGCCGCUCGGCCGGGCUGAAGGACAUCAAGCACAACGCGUGGUGCCGCAAGUGCGAGAAGCCCAAGCCGAAGCGAGCACACCACUGCUCUAUCUGCAAAAAGUGCAUACUGGGCAUGGACCACCAUUGUCCCUGGGUGUGGACCUGCGUGGGGCAAAACAACCAGAAGUACUUCUUCCUCUUCCUCUUGUAUGCCUGGAUGGGCAGCUUCUACGGGCUGCCCUGGGAGAUCAAUGCAUCGAGGGAGUCCAUCUUCUUCUCCUGGAUCGUCAUCCUCUUUGGCAACUGUGCCGUGGCGGCAAUGGUCAUCUUUCAAGGCUACAUCAUCUCCAAAGGGAAGACGACGCUCGAAUUUUACCAGAGCCGGCGCGUCGCCAAGAAGGGAGCCGUGGCAGAGCAGGAAUACUUCAACGAGUACGACCACGGCCUGCGCAAGAACUGGGAGAUCUUCUUCGAGCGAAAAGGCCAACUACAUCCCACCACCGGCGCCUGA